CAUCUUCUGAGUUCCUCAUACUCCGCGGCAGCGUAUCAGCUGUUCGAUGACAGUUUGCCAACCGUAGGACUUGGGGGGUGGUAGAAGUCGCAGCAGCGCUGCGAAAAUAGUGAGCGAGGUUUAUUGUUGUGGGAUGUGACAGCAAUAUGGCUAUCUGGUGAUUAACAAUCGAACGGACGGACAAAGGAGCAGAGCAGUUCAUAUGAUAAUCGACGACGCCGCUCUCCUCCGCGACGCAUCAUUGUUCCGUUGUUUCGUGCGUGGCUAGCUAGACGAACGGGACAGGAUGCUGGAGCUCGAGGUGGUGCCCGAGAGAUCCCUCGGAUGCGAGCAAUGGGAAUUUAUUUUGGGUAUGCACUUUUCUCAGUCAGUAUCGAUAAUACAGUCUCAAGUCGGCGUCAUAAGAGGAGUGCAAGUACUUUAUAGCGACACUAAUCCGUUAGACGUAGAUCUAGUAAUAAAUUUACCUCACGACGGCAUUCGGCUUAUAUUCGAUCCUGUUGUACAAAGGCUUAAGAUAAUUGAGAUUUAUAACAUGAAGUUAGUAAAAUUGAAAUAUUGCGGCUUGCCAUUCAAUUCGCCGGAAGUGUUACCUUCAAUCGAGCAGAUAGAGCAUUCAUUUGGUGCGACUCACCCGGGUGUUUAUGACAGUGAAAAGCAGGUGUUUGUAUUGAAUUUUCGAGGACUAUCGUUUUACUUUCCGAUCGAUUCAAAAUUCCAUCCUGGUUAUGCCCACGGAUUAGGCUCAUUACAGUUUCCUAACGGAACUUCUCCUCUGGUUGCAAAAACGGCAAUUUACGUUGGAAAUAUUCUAGCCGGUGGUAGCGGUGAAGAGCACGGUUCUAAGACCCCGCCGCCACCUUUACCACUUGUUUGUUACCAUAAUAACUUGUACUUGGAGAAAGCUGAUAUCAUUCGAGACAAAGCACGUACUCGAGGACUCAAAUUACAUCUUUUUACGGAAGGUAGUUCUGGAACAAGAGCAUUGCUGGAGCCGAAGAAGCGAUGUCUGACCAAAGAGGUAUUGUUCGGUGAUACAUGUGAGGAUGUUUUAAGUGCGCUUGGUGCCCCGUCUAGAGUAUUCUACAAAGCCGAGGAUAAGAUGCGUAUCCAUAGUCCACACGCGCACAAACGAGAUAAAACAAGACGGUCAGACUUUUUCUAUAAUUAUUUUACUUUAGGUUUGGAUAUCUUAUUCAAUGCUAAAACCCAAUGUAUAAAAAAGUUUGUACUUCACACGAAUUAUCCAGGACAUUAUAACUUUAAUAUGUAUCACCGCUGCGAAUUUUCUCUGACUCUGCCUCCUGAAAAUAAUUCCACGGAAUCGGGAAAGUUGAUUGACGUUUCCCCAUCUCCUGUUACAAUCACUGCCUAUACAAAAUGGGAUAGGAUUAGCGAGCAAUUGAAAGCAAGUGCACGACCAGUAGUUCUGAAUCGUGCGUCUUCGACAAACACAACCAACCCAUUCGGCUGUACGUUUUGUUACGGCAUACGGGACGCGAUUGUCGAAGUUAUGGCGAAUCAACAUAUCGCAAGUGUAACUUUAUAUAGAACUGCGUGACGUUGAUAAUUUAUACUAUGUAAAGCAUUACGUAGCGUGAUUCGUGACGAAUAGUCGAGGACAAGAAAUUAGCUAACUUACGAGAUCUUAAGUUUGCCGAUUAAAAGCAACGGGAUGACAAGACCGAGGUGUAAAGAACUCUAUCGGGAAGCUUUUUUAAUGUAUAAUCAAUUAUUUUAGAAUACAAGGAUGAUAAAUAAGUGUUACGUAAAGUGUGAAUAUUAAGACGAUUAAACGAUGACCGUAUAAGAUAUGUAUAAAAAUUCAGGAGCAAAAAAUACAUGGAAAGUAAAAUAUAUCAUCGUGAGGACUUAUGUGAUUACAUACAUAUGUAUUACUUAUCAUUUCUCUUCAAGCCUUGUCUCGCAGCUAUGGAUACUUGGAUCAAUUUCAAGUUGAGUUUAUCUUAACAAAGUUCAGUAGUUAUCCUUUUUUUAACGUCUUAAUUUUUCACUUUAAUCUUUACGCAACGUUAGAAUUAGCUGGAAGAUAUACAACAAUCAUUGUAACGCAACAAUACGCUGCUCUAUUCUUAAGAAUACUGUCUUUUUUUCUACAUGUAGAAUUACAAAAGGCAUAAUUACCAUAUUAUAUAAGUUAACAUAUCUGUACAAAUAAUAGUAUGUAAGUUCAAUAAUUAUAAGAAAUACACGAAGGAAAAUUAUGAUAUUAAAACUUUAAUAGGCUCUGAAGGUUUUUCGACAGGACAUUGGCCGGUAUUCAUAGUUCGCUCUUAUCACACAAGAUCGUCUUAAAUAUUUUGAGGCAUUAAUACGGUUCUGUGAUUGGUUUUAUCAUCUUAAGACUGUUACUUAAGACAAUCUUAAAUAUAAGAAACCACUAUAAAUACCGGCCAUUAUAGUGGCUUUUCGUACACAAACGUACAAUAAAAUCCAUUAUUUAGUGAUCAUUAGUAGCGAAGAUCAAAUA